UCUAAAAAAAUUGCUGUAAUUUUGCAGCUGGUUGCCAGUAACUUACUGUAGAAGAUAAAGUCAAAAAAUGUUUCAUGUUCAUUUAACGUUGAACAAAAUGUUGCCAGUAAAUAACAUAAAUGUAAAAUCUACAGUAAGUUACUGGCAGCUAGUUGCCAGUAAUACCCUUAAUACUGUAAUUUCUACAGACAUUUUUUACAGUGUGUGAAAGAAAGAAAGAAUUUCAACGCACAGAAAUUAGUUUGAAUGAGUCAUUUUGGGACUGCAUGCAUUUGGAGAGUAAUUUUUAGAAUUAAGUUUUAUUUUAUGUAAACUUCAGCAACUUUUACAUUCACCUUUCUAAAAGCAAUUCUGUUUUUUUGUAAACCUAUAAUAAACACUUCAAUGUCGUCUCUAAAAAUAACUUGAAUUGAUUAAAAUGUAACCGAAUAAAUUGUUUAGAGGAGUGCUGCUUUAUGUCAUUCAUUAAAUUCAACACUAUUGCUAUUAAUAAACCUAAGUUGGCAAACGACCAAAAUUUGAUGAGUCAACUUUGGUGUUUCUAGGAGGGACUUGGGUUUAUCUUUUGCCUGACAGCAGUAUAAAAAGCCAAACCCUCUUACUGUCAACUCACAGAAGUUUGCUGCAAAGUCAUCCUUCCACAAUGAGCCUCACUGCCAAAGACAAAGCUGCCGUCAAAGACCUCUGGGCCAAAGUCUCAGGAAAGGCUGAUGACAUUGGUCAUGAAGCUCUUUCUAGGAUGUUGGUGGCUUAUCCCCAGACCAAAAGUUACUUUUCUCACUGGAAAGACCUGAGUCCCGGUUCAGCCCCCGUGAGGAAUCACGGAAAGGUUGUGAUGUCUGGCGUUGCUCAGGCUGUUGAGAAAAUCGAUGACCUGACUGCUGGACUCCUGAGCCUCAGUGAGCUUCAUGCUUUCCAGCUUCGUGUUGAUCCUGCCAACUUCAAGAUUUUGUCCCACAACAUUCUCGUGGUUUUGGCCCUCUUGUUCCCGAAUGAAUUCACCCCUGAUGCUCAUGUGGCUAUGGACAAGUUCCUCUCUGCUGUGGCUCUGGCUCUGUCCGAAAAGUACAGAUAAGCACUUGAUAGUGUGUUCACUUCAGAUGCGUCAGGCGAAUGCCAGCAUGAAUGUUCUGUCUUUCUGUGAUGCCAAAUAAAUGCUUGUUAAAUUUGAUCUUGACUAAAUGUCUUAUUUAAUGUUUUGAACAAAUGAAAAACAAACACAAAACACAUGGGUAGGCCUAUUAAUAAAAAUAGCUCUGUGUUGUCAUAGACAAAAUGUGACAGUCUCAAUACAAAAUUCGCAAUG